AUGGCGGCAGCUCAGUCUGGCCUUAAAUUGACACGGACAGGAGGCAGCGUCAGAAACUUGACACAGCGGGACAUCUCAUGCCGGGAAAACCUGGAGUACCCACAUGACAACAUCUGCUGUUUAAACUGCCUAGCUGGUACAUAUGUCAAAGCGUACUGCACGCGUUCCUUUGAGCGCGGAACCUGUGAGACCUGUGAGUUUGACACAUACACUGAACAUGGCAACGGACUACGGCAGUGCUUGAAGUGCACCACGUGUCACUCAGAUCAGGUGACUACAAAGGCAUGCACCAUCACUCAGGACAGAGAGUGCCGGUGUAAACCUGGGUUAUUCUGUGCCCCUGACCAAGCCUGUGAGGUGUGCAAAAAGUGCUUAAGAUGUAAAGAGAAUGAGGUGAGGCUGAAGAACUGCACCGCUACGUCCAACACGGUCUGUGAGACCAGACUGCCCACAUCCAGCACCAUCUCAGACUCCCAGAAUAAUCCCAGUGAGACGCUGAAGAUUGAGGUGGAUGAUCAAAACAACAGGUCAAUUGAGGAGAGGCAGAACAACCGGAGUGCUGUGCAGGAUGACACAUGGCUCCAUCCUUUGCUGGAGCUGACCCAGGUGGUGGGCGCCAACGCCUCCUCAGCCGAUGAGGACAAUGGACUGGGCGACAGCCUCCACAACACCACCAACUCCUCCCGGUCCAGUUUGUCUGCACUACCCUCAUCCUCCCCGCUUUCCAGCCCUUCGGCCAAGAGGCAGCCUGGCACUGGGGCUACGGAAGAUGUCCUUCUCAGAAAACUUGCUCCUUUGAAUGGUGACGAGUCCUUGAAGAAAAGUUUUGAACUUUUUGAAGAGCUGGACGUUUACUACCAUAACAGAUUCUUCAGGAACAUCGGACUCAGUGACAACGCUAUAAAAAGCACUGCACACCUUCAUCCUGAAGACCGAGUCUAUGAACUGUUAAAAGUAUGGUUGGAAAUGGUGGGCAUGCAAGCUGACAUAAAUGACUUAAUCAAAGCCUUACUUUAUUUGGACCAAAAGUUAUCAGCAGAAAAUAUUAUUUCUAAAGCCAUUGCAAAUGGAUAUUAUGAAUAUGCAAACUGGGGCAUGAGAUUCAACAGAAGCGGAGAGAGCUUCACUGACAGUUGUUCUAUAGGCGCGGUGCUGUACCGCUUUCCCCUCACCUGGGGGCAGAAUAAGCUGCCCUGGAUGCUGCGUCAUGCUGGUGUCAUGCUACUGGCUCUGGUCUGCUCCGUCCUGGGGCUCUGUGCUGUGUUUGACUUCCACAACUCCAAAGACAUUCCCAACCUCUACUCCUUGGAUUGUUAUUUGCACUAA